AUGCUGAUCAAGAACCACAUGACAGUGACCUGCGCCCCGACGAACACCGCGGUGGUGGAGGUGGCUUCUCGAGUCCUCGGUCUCAUCGAGGAAUCCUCCGGCGGAGGUAGCAAGAAGUGUUUCCUGAGUGAUGUCGUGCUCUUCGGCAACGAGGACAGGAUGGGCGCGGACGGGGACCUAAAAAGGAUUUUCAUGGAGUCCCGCGUUCGCCGCCUACGUCAGUGCUUGAUGCCAGGGUCAGGGUGGACACACUGUCUGAGUUCUAUGCUCAGUCUGCUUGAGCAUCCUGUGGUUCAGUAUGAAAGGUAUAUUGAAGGCAUCGAAAAUGACAUAGAUGAAAUGGUUUCAGAAGAAAAGGAUGUAAGGGAUGACCUUGUCACUAAGACGAACAAAGUGCAAACAUCAUCCAGAAAAGAAGAAACCAAAGAGUUACAGAAAAAGCUACAGGACAUACAGAAAAGUAUACAGGAAAUAGAGAGAAAUAAAAUGUCGUUCAUGACCCACUUUCAGAGUAACUACAAACGUCUGGAGAAAGAUUUGCGCAGCUGUGUGGAGAUUUUCUGCGACGAUCUUCCCAGAUCUGCAACUUCUGAAGAAAACUUUUGCUGCAUGGCUGAGGUUCUGCCCUUGCUCAACGCGUUUGCAGAGCUUGUACAAUCUGAAUCUGAUGAACGCCUGCGAACCCUGUUUGAAAGUGACGGCGAUGGAACAGACCGUUCUUUGUUCCGCAAUUUUUUGACCCAUGUGCACGACGGUGUGAGUUUUGAGCUGAAGCAGGCAAGGUCGUCGUGUCUUCUGAAGCUAAAACACCUGUGUGCUCACUUUGAGCUGCCAGAAUUAUUCGACAGACGAACCAUCGAAGAAUUCUUGCUUCAGAGGGCAAAGAGCGUGCUCUGCACAGCAUCGAGUUCUUACCGUCUGCACUACCAGCAGAAGGCCCAGCCGUUCGAGGUCCUCGUCGUGGACGAGGCAGCGCAGCUUAAGGAGUGCGAGUCGCUGAUACCUCUGCAGCUCCCUGGCGUCCGUCAGGCCGUUCUCAUCGGUGAUGAGCGCCAGCUUCCGGAACUCGUGAAAAGCAAGGUUUGUGACGAUGCUGGAUUCGGAAGAAGCCUGUUCGAGAGGCUGACAUCCCUGGGGCAGCACAAGCACCUCCUCGACGUGCAGUACAGAAUGCACCCGUGGAUCAGCAAGUUCCCCGUCGAGAGCUUCUACGGCGUCCAGAUAGCCGACGGCCCGAACGUCCUGAACAGAGACUACGAGAGGAUGUACCUGACCGGCCCCAUGUACGGCUCCGACUCGUUCAUCAACAUCGAGGGCGGCAACGAGAGCACGGGCAAGCACGACAGGAGCCUGAUCAACCCCGUCGAGGCCGCCGCCGUGGUCCGGAUCCUGCAGAGGCUCUCCAAAGGUAGCGGCGCAGCUCCCCCCGAGACAAUUUUUUCUACUCGGUUAUCAUAUCCGACGAUCUACACGUCGUGUACGCUUGCAGAGUCCGCGGACAAGAACAAGGCGGUCCGCGCGGGCGUGGUGUCGCCGUACAAGGGCCAGGUGCGAGCCAUCGAGGAGAAGCUCACCGGGGUGUACCGGAAGCACGACGGGUUCUCCGUGAAGGUGCGGUCCGUGGACGGGUUCCAGGGCGCCGAGGAGGACGUGGUCAUCUUCUCCAACGUGCGGAGCAACACCGCCGGCAAGAUCGGCUUCCUCGCCGACAUCAACCGCACCAACGUCGCGCUCACCCGGGCCAACCAUUGCUUGUGGAUCCUGGGCGACGCGAAGACGCUGGCGAGCGGCAAGACCAUCUGGCGGCAGAUCGUGGCCGACGCCAAGGACCGGGGCCGCUUCUUCGACGCCAAGGAUGACGAGGACCUCUCUAACGCCGUCAUCAAGGCCGCCAUCGACCUGGACCAGGUGGAGAGUCUGCUCAAGUUCGACGGCCUCCGUAUCGGUGUCAGUGGUGGGUCGCGGUCAGGGGUCCGAUGGUAACAUCGCUUCCAAAUUGUAAAAACCUUGGCUGGCUCCCAUUAGCGGAGUGUUGGCCAU